CCUCGUCUCCUCCUCCUCGUCUCCUCCACCUCGUCUCCUCCUCCUCGUCUCCUCCACCUCGUCUCCUCCACCUCGUCUCUUCCUCGUCGCCGCCGCCGCCCGUUUGCCGUCAUCAUGCCGGCCUAUCACUCGAGCCUGCAGGAGUCCGAUAACCGGAUGGUGGGGAAUAUGUCUUUACUCCCACUGAAGACCCAGUUCAAGGGCCCUGCUCCCAAAGAAACUAGGGAGAUGGACAUCAUUGAUGAAGCCAUCAUGUACUUCAAGGCGAAUGUGUUUUUCAAGAACUACGAGAUCAAGAAUGAGGCAGACCGCACUCUGAUCUACGUGACUCUUUACAUCACCGAGUGCCUCAAGAAACUGCAGAAGUGCACGUCCAAGGGCCAGGGAGAGAAGGAGAUGUACUCCCUGGGCAUCACGAACUUCCCCAUCCCCGGAGAAGGCGGCUUUCCCCUCAACGCCAUGUACGCCAAGCCCAGCGGGCGCGCCGAGGAGGAGAUGAUGAGGGGCUACCUGCAGCAGUUGAGGCAGGAGACGGGGCUGCGUUUGUGUGAGCGCGUGUUUGACCCGGCCACGGACAAACCCAGCAAGUGGUGGAUGUGCUUCGUGAAGAGGCAGUUCAUGAACAAGUCCCUGUCGGCACCGGGACAGUAGCACAGUCCGGGCGGCACGGCGGAGACCGCGUCGGGCGUCACCCUGAGGCUUACGACAAAGCCCCGAAGCCUGGUUUCACACGACUCUUUACACCCUGCACUCAACCCAGCUUUAUCCUAAACCCCGGCCCUAAUUAAUAAAACCCAGCUUUAUCUUAAACCGCCCAACUCGAUCUCAGCUUAGCUCUAACCACGGCCAAUAAGCUUGGAUUAACAUUGAACCCAGUCCGUUGCUUGCACAAUUAAUCCUGGUGCUAAUGCCAAUUUAACGCAUGUCUGGUUCUAACCCGGUUUAUAUUAAAACAUACACCCAGCCCCCCUACCCUGGCUCUGCCCAGCAUUAACCCCAGCUCAUACAGACUUUAGCCAUCAAAACCCGGCUUUAAACCUCUCAGCUCUAAAUAAAUAAACCCUGAAUGUCCCUUAAACGGCCCUAAAAUCUCUCUUUAACACCAAACCCAAGUCCAUCCCUCUCCGCCAGACCAAGGUUUGGGCGAUGUUGCCGCGGUGAGCAACGAGGCUGGGGUUGGGGUUAAGGGGCGAUCGGGCGACGACGAGAUGGGGCGAUAAGGUGGGGCGAUGAGAGACGUCUCCAGGACAUGUCGUUCAUCCAGCGUGUGUGUUGGUGUGCGUGUCUGUAUCUUUGUACACUUGCGAACAAUUUUUCAAUAAACUCUGUCUGCUCGUUUCACA